GACUUUAGAGUCAGUCGCACUCGCGCGCUGAAAGUGCGCACGGUGCGCGCGAUUUUAUUUUAUUAUUUAUCUGUGCGUGUCACUAGUAUUAAGAAAUAUAAAGUUUAUUUUUUAAAUUUAAAUAACAAUCAAAGUGAUCAAUAAUAAUUAUUUAAAAAAAAUCCAACUCACAAAUUCUGUUUUGAAAAAAUGACGUAUAAAACGCAAAGAAGUAGAUUAUGUAACAUACAGAUUUUUGAACAUUAAAGGCAUCAAUCUCAAGUUUUUUUUUAUAAAAAUGGCAAAAGUACGAAAUUGGAAAGAAGAAGCUCCGGCAAAUUUCUAUGCUUGUUGUACCGCAUCCCUCAAGGAAGGAAAUGAGUCGUCAGAAUUAUUCCGAAGGUGUUGGAGCCGAAGGUUAUCGCCUCUUUACUGGCGAGUGCCGAUUUUCCUAUGGACCGUUGUCAUCAUUUCCUGGUCAACGGUUUACUUUUGGGGACCUCGAGAAAAAUUUCUACUGUAUAUGACGCAUUGGGGCCUUAUUCUGAUUUUCCUCGAGUCUCUUUUUGGCAUCAUUAUCGUCGUUAACAGAAAGCCUGAGAGUCUAUCUGAUUCGGCAAAAGGAAUGCCAUGGAUGGUAAAAACAUACUGGGUGCUCUACAACAUCACUGUGCCUGUGGCAUUUCUUAUCACACUCUUCUACUGGGCAGUUUUAAGAGGCUCGGUGAAAAAGAUGAACUAUGCUCCUAACCCGAUCCUGGAUAUAAUGCUGCACGGCGUGAAUUCAGGGUUGAUGUUCGUCGAGCUCGUCUUCUCACGACAUCCAAGUCGCUUAUUACAUAUAAUGCAGCCAUUGUAUUUCGCACUGGCCUACCUACUGUUCACCGUCGCAUAUUUCAUCGCUGGAGGACUUGACCCGUGGGGUAACGCGUUCAUUUACCCGGUCAUCGAUUGGUCGAAACCUCUUCAAACACUAGUGGUAGUGACUUUGACAGCUUUGUUCCUAGCUCUCAUGCAUAUAGUCACGGUUGUCGUGGCUUCAGCACGCGACUUCAUUAUCAGGAAGUACUUUAACGACAAAAACGGAGAGUACAACGAUGGCUUCGAAGCUUAGACACUACGUGCUAGUGAUGUUAUCCGACCGAAAUUAAAAGUAAUGGACAUUUCUAUGACAGUGAUUAAUAGCAAACGAACGAUAUAAAUAAAAAUAAUUUGUACAAACGAUCGUAGUAUACAGAUCGUAGAUACGAUCAAUAAAGAUCAAUGAAACAUUCAUUGGACGGCCAUUAUGACAAAUAAUACUUGAAGUAUUCUUUAUUUAUUAUCAAAGCAAAGAGCAAGAUUUUUACGGAUGAAAAAAAAAACAAAUAU